CCGCCGUGCCCUGCCCUGCCCGCCGCCGCCGCCCGCGAGGGAGGCACGGACCCCCGGCGCUCCGGGCCGCGGCUGGAGCCGGCCCAGCGGGGAGCCCCGGGGAGCCAGCGGCCGCCGAGCGCCUCAGAUGCGUCUGUCACACAACGCCGGCCGAGCUAUUUAAAGUAACGGGCCUCGCCGGACUUUGUCUCUGCCUAUUUAUGAGUCCCCGGGAGCUGGCCGGCGCCGCCGGGCAGCGCUAGGAGCCGCGCCGCAGCGCCAGCCCCGCGGGGACGCCAGCGCCGAGCCGGGGGCCGGGCCCGCCCGGAGCAUGACGGCCAUCGGGGCGCUCCUGCUCUGCUCCUGCCUGGGGCUGCUGCGGCCGGGCGCCGGGCAGCCCUUCCUGCGGCUGCGGCCCUCGCCCAGCGACAACCUGCCGGUGAAGGACAUCGUGGAGCACCCGGACCCCGAGUACGACCCGAAGGAGCAGGACCUGGACGAGCGGACUCUGCGCAAGAAGCUGGGCAGCCAUUUCGACCCCGGCUUCAUGGCCGUGGCCGUGCCGGGCCCCGCCAACGCUUCCGCGGGCGCCGAGGCGGCGGCGGGGCGGGCGCGGGCGGCGGAGCUGCGGCGCUUGGAGCGGGGCGGGCCGCGACUGCGGGUGGGCAAGAAGGCGAGGCGGAAGGUGCUGCAGUGGCUCUGGGCGUACACCUACUGCCCCGUGCUCUACACCUGGAAGGACCUGGGCGUCCGCUUCUGGCCGCGCUACAUCAAGGAGGGCAACUGCUUCGCCGAGAAGUCCUGCUCGCUGCCCGAGGGCAUGUUCUGCAAGCCCGUCAAGUCGGUCACCAAGACGUUCCUGCGCUGGCACUGCCAGGGCUGGUCCAGCCAGAAGUACUGCACCUGGAUCCCCGUGCAGUACCCGCUCAUCUCCGAGUGCAAGUGCUCCUGCUAGCACGGCCCCGCGCCGCCCCGGCCCUCGCGCUGCUCUCUUUGCUCGUCUGCAUCUUCCGAGGGGGGGUUCGUCCGCCCUCCCCCUCGGGGCGAGCGCGGGGCGUGAUGGGGGGGUCGGGGGGAGGAACCGGGUCUGACUUAUUUUAAUGUUAUUUUAUUUGAAAGGGGGAGAAGCGAACCCAGGAACUGCAGGGCAGGCCAAAGGCACAGUAAAGCACUACAAUCAGAUGUCUAUUUUUAUACGUAUAUAGCCUUCUAACGAAAGGAAAAUAAUAAUAAUAAAGAAAAAAAAAACCCUAAAAAAAAAAUCCCAGCCGUGUAAAUAGAGAGAUUUUAAAGGAAAGGGGGAAAUCGCAGCUGUUUUUUUUUUUUUUUUUAAUUAUUAUAAUUAUAAUUAUAAUUAUUGUUAUUAUUAUUAUUUUAAAAACGUAGGACCACAUUUUAAACCCUUCCCCACCGAACCCGAGCGCUCCCCCCGCAGAGGGCGGGGGGGGGGGGGCACAGAUUCCUUUCUUGUCAAGAUGGUUUUAACAAAGGGAAAGGAAACCCCGGGGAAGAGCAGCAGCAUCCCUGAAGGUGGCCGUUCCUCUGUGCUGUAUUUUCCUUUUUUUUUUUUGUCUUCUUCAGACGUUGUCAUUGGUGUUCCGGCUCUGGGAGGGGAGGGGGGUGGGGGGCGUUAAGUGUAUAACAAUGACUUAAGGAGGAAGUUUUAAAGAGAAGUACAAAUCUAUGGAAGAGUGGAAUCGUUUUGUUGUGUGGGAAUACGUAUAGUCACGUAGAGAUGCUGAAGGAAAUCUUCUGUGUACAGUUUAUUUAUUUUUAACGUUUGUGUAUAGGAAAAAAAAAAAAAAGAAAAAAAAAAAAAAAAGAGCUAGAGAUUAUGCCAGAAACUAUUGGAAAUGUUUACUUGAAUAUUCCUUUAAAAAAAAAAAAAACAGAACAAAACAAAACACAUAUCAAUGUAAAUAGGAGCUAUCAGUGAUGGAAACGUUUUUAGCAAUAAACUCUAUCUUUGAAGAACGGCGCCCGGAGCCCCGCGGGGUCACACAGGGAGCGGGGGCUGAGCAGAGCCCACGGAGCUGCAUGGGGAGCUGUGGGAACCCGCUGCAGGAGGAGAGCUGCGCUCACAGAGGGGCAGGAAUGCGGUGCGUGGGGCAGGAGGCGCCGUCCGAAGUCAUCGGGAGGUUCCCGCUUCGCUUCGCCAUCCCGGGCUCCUUCAUGCACUGUGCUUGGUGGAUCCGGCUCUGGUUGAGGAUCCUGGCCCAUCUCAUCCAGCUGCACGGCCCCGAGCCUCGCGACAGACACGGCUGCAGCAGGGAAGGAUGGAUGGCAGCCCCGUGCCUGCCGCGGAGCAGCCGUCAGGCCCACAUCUCCCCAUCGGCACCGGGCUCUGAAGCAGCACCCGCUCCAGCUGGGCGCUGGCACCGCUCUGCCCGAGCUGCUGGAGGCCAGCAGGGAGGAGCCCGGGCACUGCGGCCAUGGGGGGGCCCUGAUGCACGGCCAGCUGUCUCCUUGCGUGCUCCGUGGGGGCUGCUGGUGGCCAGGGGAAGGUCUGUGCCGUUCUUUAUGUGUGUGCGAUCUGCCUGGCGUCCUUGAGGAACAAACCACCGCCGAGCGCCCUGUGCGUGAAGCCCGUGGGGAGGCAGCGGGAUGCUGGCUGGGGUCCCUCCAAGGGGACUGGGGCCUGGUGAGCCCACCCGGAGCUGGCAAGACCUGAGAGGUCACGCUCAGAAGGUGAGAGGUCAGAAUGGGGAGAGGGAGAGGGCUCUUCUGAUGGGCAGAGGCGAGAGGCGCGCGGCUGCCCUGCAGCUGACGUCCCGCCCCAUGGAGCGCGUGGCCAUCCAUCCCUAUGGAACGUGUGCAGCGUGUGGCCGUCCCCAUGGAGCAGGCCAACCUUCCCACGGGGCUGCCAGCAAGGCAGCGGGGACGAGGGGACGUGGAGGGCAGAGUGGAAAGGAGACCUCGCGACGGCAAUGUGCAAAACAUCAGGGGCAUUUGGGAGAGGAAGGGGAAAGCUCAUUUUGCAAGAGGAACAACAUCUGUGGUGUGGGGGCCGAACAUCUGUAGGAGGGAGCAUGGGGGGAGGGCAUUCUGGGAAAAUAUUUCUGACAUAAUCCCAACAGUAUCUGGUGUGUUGAGAUUUGGUUACAAAUGGCCCUCUAACGUCUUUGUGCGUUUUGUUCUGCUGGUUCCAGGGGCACACAGAGACCCCGGCUUUGUGCUAACCUGGGAAAUAAACCAU